AUGGCUGCUUCCUUGAUAUAAAUAAAAGAGAGAAACGCUAUUUGUCAGCAGCAGAAGCGUCACAGGAAGCUGAGAGUCGACCACAGAGUGCGGCUCGCUUCCACACAGAUAGAAAUGACUUCCUAAAGACUCCAAGCUCUCACAGUAGACAUUAAUACAUUCACAACCUGCGAGACUGAGCUCGUAAACGUGGAAAAUGGAGAAACAGCACUCGUCUGGGUCAGACAGUCCGGUGCUGCCGGUUGUGCCGAGAAAACCACGAGUCCUGCUAGCAGGAAACCCAGCAUCACGACAGGACAGCGUGGAUUCGCCAGAAAGCCCGUCAGGAUCUCAUGUGGAAUGGUGCAAACAGCUUAUAGCAGCCACUAUCUCCAGCCAAAUGUCCUGCGCCGGCCCGCCAGACGCAGUGACCCGCGAGUGCAGGGUUGGGAAGAAGAUAGAUUUUAGGGUAUCCAAGAGGUCUAACUUGAGGUCUCAGGACUGUGGUGAAGAACAUGGCUAUCGGUGUGACAGCUGCUCUGAGCUGCCCUCUCACCCUCCGCAGGUAUUCAAACGGCAAGCGCCUGUGGAUGAAGUCCAACUGGUCCCUGGAGAAACCGUCAAAACCACUGUUAAAGAUGUGAUUUAUAUCUGUCCUUUAACUGGAGCCGUGACGGGCACACUGACAGUCACAGACUACAAACUUUACUUCAUCAGUCUAGAAAGGGAUGAUCCUUUUGUGCUGGAUGUGAACAUCUGUGCUAUCAGCAGACUGGAGACUUUUAGCGUACAGAGUCUGGGAGAAAAUACUAGUGGCAUUGAGAUCGUCUGUAAGGAUAUGAGAAGUCCCAGGUUUGCUUAUAAAAAUGAGGAGCAGAGUAAGCUGGAGAUUUUGGAGACGUUGACCAAGUAUGCCUUCCCCUUGUCUAAUGGCCUGCCUCUCUUCACUUUCCAAUACAAGGAAAAGUUUCCAGAGGAUGGAUGGAAGGUUUAUGAUCCAGUGGCUGAGUACAAGAGGAUGGGUUUGCCGAAUGAGAGCUGGACCAUCCGUAAGAUCAACAGUAAUUAUGAAGUGUGUGACACAUAUCCUGCUUUGCUUGUUAUUCCAAAAAGUAUUGAAGAUGAUGAGAUCAAACGUGUGGCCUCUUUCAGAGCCAAACACCGCAUUCCGGUCCUCUCCUGGGUCCACCCAGAAACUCAGGCCACUAUAGUGCGUUGCAGUCAGCCUAUGGUGGGGCCCACAGACCGUCGGUGUAAAGAAGAUGAGCACUACCUUCAGACCAUCAUGGAUGCAAACGCACAGUCCCAUAAACUCACCAUAUUUGAUGCUCGGCAGAACACCGUUGCCGAUAAUCAUAAGGCUAAAGAUGGAGGUUAUGAGAAUGAGAACUUCUAUCCCAACAUGGAGCUGAAUUUCCUGGAGAUCCCGAACAUUCACGUUAUUAGAGAGUCUCUGCGUAAGCUGAAAGAGGUGGUCUACCCCACAAUCGAUGAACAGCGCUGGCAUUCAGCCAUAGAUGCCACACACUGGCUGGAGUACAUUCGGCUGUUGCUUGUGAGUGCAGUGCGGAUUGCAGAUAAGGUGGAGUCCAGUAAGAGCUCUGUGGUGGUGCACUGUAGUGACGGCUGGGACCGUACGGCUCAGCUCACUUCUCUGUCCAUGCUGAUGCUGGACUCCUACUACAGAACCCUCCGGGGCUUCCAGGUGCUGCUGGAGAAGGAAUGGAUCAGUUUUGGACACAAGUUCGCUUCGCGCGUCGGCCAUGGAGACGAAAAUCAUUUAAACUCUGAGCGCUCCCCUUUAUUCGUGCAGUUUAUUGACUGUGUUUGGCAGGUGAUGAGACAGUUUCCCACCGCCUUUGAAUUUAAUGAGCUCUUCCUCAUCACCAUUCUGGAUCACCUCUACAGCUGCCUGUUUGGUACGUUUCUCUACAACAGUGAACAUGAGAGAGUACAAAAGGCAAUGAACAGUAAGACGGUGUCUUUGUGGUCUUACAUUAACAGUCAGCCAGAAGACUUUACCAACCCAUUCUAUGUGAACUAUGAAAACCACGUGUUGUACCCUCUAGCUAGUGUAAGGCAUUUAGAGCUGUGGGUCGGAUAUUAUGUGCGCUGGAACCCCCGUAUGAGACCACAGAUGCCUGUACACCAGAACCUGAAGGAGCUGCUGUAUUUGCGUACGGAGCUUCAGAGGAAGGUGGAGGAACUUCAGAAAGAAGUAUCUGCGUCACACUCAAUCUCCUCCUCCUCAGAGCAUGCGUAUUCUCCCUCACAUGGCUGUACACCCCUACACACCUCUGGUUAAAAUACAUAGGAAUGUAAGCUCUAGUUUAAACGAAAAAGGUAAUGUGACAUAUUCAUCUAUCAAGAUUUUUAUUCUCACUUAAAAAAUACAAAAAGCCAAGUACUGAAACACUCAAAAACUUACAUGAACACCCAAAAAGUGGACUGUCUUCUGCGCAAUUCAGUGUUAUUUUAGUUUUCGUGAAACUGCUCUCUUUGACAUACUUCUAGUCAGAUCAGGAAAAGCUUUGAUUGGAGUUUUAAUUCUGGUUAUAAGUUGUUCCAUUUUUUAACUUUAACUAGUUUCAUUUCUAAUAUUUGACUUUUAAAUAUGCAGAAAUUGUAAUAAUUUAUUGGCAUUUAGCUGAAGAAUACGUGUGUUGUCGGUUUCUAUAGAUUCUUUCACUAUUGAAUUUCUAGUAUUUUCUUUAUUAGUUAGUAGUUUUUAAUCACCUCAACCUGCCUCUGUGCCAAUUUUGGUACGACUGUUUUUAUAUUUCACUCCAGUUUUAGUUUUACUAUAGUUUACUUAUUAACUCAUGUUCAUGUUUUAGGUUGGUAAAAUUAGGUGGGAUAGUUGUUUUAUCAUUAUUUUGUCGUAAAGAUUGGAGCCUUCAUUGUGUCAGGAGAGAAUAGUGCUGUUUAAAUACUGCCAUUUUAAACCACAUAUUGGUUUUUCUUUGUGUUUCUCAAGCACUUGUUAGUAUAAAGAUGAAAGCCUGUAGUGUCUGUCCUGUUUUCAUAUGCAUACUUUACUACUGUACUGCCUGUACUACUGAAAUUUAUGUUUACAGAAGGGAAAAUAGGGACCAUCAUAUCCUCACUCCACCUGUUGAGUAUGUCUGUUGUGUCCAUAUGUAUUUCUGUGGAACCUUUCCAUAUUGCGCGAGAAACUUUUACCAUCUUCAGUUAAGGGUUGUCCACUUGUACACUUGAUAAGUAUGUAAGAAAGGAAGUUAUGACAGUAUAAGGGAGAAACAUUUCAGAUCAUUUUAACAACUCAGGCUGUGCACCUUAAAGUCACCCAAAAAGGAAAAUUCUGUAAUCAUUUACUCACCCUCUUGUCAUUUCAAACCUGUAUGACUUUCUUUCUUCUGCAGAACACAAAAGAAGACAUUUUGAGGAAUGUUGGUACACUGUAAACCCGGACAAGUUGAGUGUACUUAAACAUUUUGAGGUAACCGAUUACCUUAAAAAAGUUAAGUAAUGUGUAUUUGAUAUAACUUAAAAUGUUCAGCUCAUCCAACAUAUAAAAGGGCAUUGCACUAAAUUCUAAGUAGACUGAACUUAAAGUAAUUAGUAACAGCAACUGCUCUUGUCGAACUGUGAAAUGUAAUAAGUUGACUCUACGAAAAAAAAAUGAGGAAUAACACUUGCGCAUUGACUAAACAGAGAUCGUUAAAAGGUCAGCUUGGAGUAGAUUUCAUAAUAGGUGUCAAUUAUUAAUAAAGUACAAAAGCUGUUGUAAAUAAGAAUGAGUUUGAUCCUUUUCUUACUGAUGAGAAUGUUUCAGUUCAUAAAUGCACAAGGAUUGUGUCAAAAUAAAGAACGUUUUACUGACAUCAACAGUCAUCAUACAAACCUCAACAAUGGUGACAAUCAUCAAACAAAUUCAGAUAAACAGAUCAACUGCAAUGCAUGCUGGGAAUCAUGAAUGAGUUUUGUACUAUGAUGUUACCCAGCAUCCAUUGCAGCAUGAAGUUUUAUUUUGUUGAUUGUCACCAUUGUUGAGAUUCAUACACUGAUUAUUCAUGUCUAAUUGAUUUAUUAAAAGGUUUUUAGGCAUAUUUAUAUUUGUCUCUGAGGAUAUGACAGUCAUAACACUAAUCUGUAAUAUAAAUCAGUUUACAAAGUAAUAACACAACACACUCUUUAUCAGUGAUUCAUGAUCACCAAUUGAAAUCAGCUACCGGAUUUCUUUGCUUUUUACCCCAAACAAACGGGUUUUAACACACUGUUUCAGUGGUUAAAGAGAAGCUAAGCAAAUGUUCUAGUAGUGAAACACAAGAGUCAAGAGCCCAACUAAAGCAAACACUGAUCACAAUAAUGGUAGUCUGGUUAAAUUUAACUUUUUUUAAAAUGUAUUCAAUGGUUGCUUGCUAUCUGGGACACUUUAAAAUUUUAAGUAAACGGGACUAUUUCAGUUUUGAGUACAGUUAACUCAUUUUUAAUUAGUAGAUUGUACUGUUCGGGAUUACAGUGGUAACCAAACAAUGGCUGUACCCAUUCACUUUUAUUGUGUGGACACAAAACCAAUGCAAGUGAAUUGGGGCCAGUUAACAACAUUCUUCAAAAUAUCUUCUUUUGUGUUCUGUCAUAACGGUUUGAAAUUACAAGAGGGUGAGUAAAUGAUGAUGUGUGAACUUAACUUUAAGAGACCAACUUUCAAUGCCAGUUACUGUUUUAAAAAUGUAUGACUUGGAUUUUUAUAAUGCACCUUUAAAAAAAAGAAAAUAAUAUAAUGUGUAUUUUUGUUGUUUUGUCUUCUUGUAUUUUUGUAUUCCCUCUUGUUUAUUCUUUCUUGUCAUUCGUUCUGUUAUUCUCCUUUUUAUCUGUACAUUUAAAAAUAUAAAAAUUGCGUCAGAAUAUUAAAAUAUCAAAAUGUACAUCCCCACUUUUUCUUGGAGUAAUGAAAGACUCAGACAAGAUAAAUUGUUUAUUAUUGGGUUUCUUUGUGCUGACCUCCAGCGAGAUACAGAAUACAAUUUGAGGACAAAAUUUGAAUAUCAAAUUCUACAGUAGAAACUGAGGUGUCUAGAAGGUAAUUUCCAGUUAAUUUCUCUGUUUGUGUGUUUUCAUUGCAUUCUGUACUUGUGUGAGCAGGCACUAAUGAAAACUGAGAUUAUAUGCUGAAGGUCAAUGUCUCCGAGGUUCAGGUCACGGCUAAAUUUAUUAAAUAAGCAAACUUAAUAUUGCACGGAGCUACAAUCUGAUCUGUGGCAGUUACAGGAUGAAAUACCAAUGUGGCAGUGUAAAUUUAAGACACCUCUCAGACAGUUCUGGCCCAAUAACAAAUUUCUUAUGCUCAUGAAUAAACCCAGUACACAAGAAAAAGACUUUUUAUAUCUACAGCUAGAAUUCAAAACAUGCAUUUCUGUACACUUCUGCAUUUACACCCUUGUUUUGACAAAAUUGCAACAACUGGCCAAACAAUACCAGAGAGCCUUGAAAUGCAACCUUUGCCAUAUGAAUUUCUAGGAUCCAAUCAUUACAAAUGUAGACAAUCGAUUAAAGGUCCACUCAGUGAAAUCUAGCGGCAAGGUUGCGUAUUUACAACCAACAUCUCGCUCCACCCCUCCUGUUCGAAACUCUACGACGGCUGACAGAACAUGGCGAAUCAUAUGCAAGGGGACCUGCGGUGUAUGUAGAUAGAAAUAGCUUAUUCUAAGGUAAUAAAAACAACGCUUCAUUGUAUAAGCUCUUUAUACACCUCUGAAGACAUAGUUAUGUAUAUUAUAUUGAAUUUAUGUCAAUAGAUCCUCCAAAAAAUGACACACUGGACCUUUAAAGGAAUCGGGGAGGUUUUAUCAAGCAGAUAAUGCAUCAAAGCAACAAAUCUGGAAUAGUUCUUACAAAUACAAAUAUGUGAUAGGGUUGUCAAAAACGUUCAAGACAUUCCUAAACCAAGACCUUUGUGUCUUUCAUUUAGCUAUCAUUGAAAUUCAUUGCUGUCACCGAAUCACUACACUGACACGCAAAAAGGCAAAACCCAUCACGUUUUAUCUUUGGUGUUCUACAUUUCUGACAAGUGUAGCACCGAUAAAGCCACAUUUUUCUGUAGCCUAACAAUCACCAUAUCAGUAAAAAGAGAUACAUUCAGCUAACAUUCCGGUUGGUUAGUUUUUGUUUUUAUCUAUAGAUGUGGUUCAAAUGCCGUGGUAGGAUAAACUGUCAGUGUGCAGAGGUUGGACCAUGCUGAUAUCAGGCAACAUUCUUAAGCAUGUCAGACAUCAGUAUUAGUUACUGAAGUAUUGUAAAUCUAGUUCAUCGUGGGCAUGUGAGAGAACAAACUGAAACAGUCGACCAGGUUCCACCCAGGUACGUCUGGUUAGUGCACAUUCAACAAAUGCAGCCCUUCUAAUGGUUGCGACUGUUAGUGUCGUGUUUCCUUCUGUGUUUGUAUGCUAGCGUGUCUUCGCUAAUGUUAGCGUGGUAAGGCAUUGGGAAGGAAAGCACCAUUUGCGAAGGCUGGGGGGUAAAAAAAGUGCACCUGAAUUCACAGUGUAAAACAACAGCUACAAUAAAUCUGGGGCAUCUUAAGUAGGGAUGCGAUUGGCAAGGAUUGAUCUGCUUUCCAGUUAGUUUUGCUAACUUUUCUUGCUAGUUUUCUUCACAAUUCUGGUUCGUGGCCUUCUUAAAACCUCAGUAGCAAAAAGGCACUGUUGUUCAAAGACAGAACCCUUUCAUCUAUCCAUGCGAGUUGGACAAGUUAGCAAAACAGGCUACUGGGAAUGCAGCCAGGGAUUAAGGCAAUAGCAAAACUAGUAAGGGUGCAUCAGGUCUACAAGGAUUCUAAAAAGACUGGAAAGCUAAAGUUCAAACAUGCUACAAACGAUACAAACACUAAGCUAGGACGAAAGCUACUCCCCAGUUAAAAAAGAGUGGGGUGCACAAACAUUUAUGUACAUUGACUGCUACAAGUGUAAAUAGAGAUGCACUGAUACAACGGUUCGAGUACAAACUUCAAAACAGUAUGCAAUAUACAAGCAAGCACAUUAUUAGCAAUUAGCAAUACGAGAGUUACUACACAGCGUAAAGGUCUUUGCACAUGCAGUCCGAAAUUUUCGUACAAGUUUUUUUCGCAUUUGGCGCUCGUUUGUACGGUGUCUCUGAAUUGUCCAAACGCUUGCUACGGAUGCGAAAAACGAAGAAAAUCGAACCCAGUCCGAAUUUUUUUAUGACGGACGAACAUAUCGGAGGCAGUGUGUAAAUGUGAUUGACACAACGUGAGGUCGUAUUUAUUUUUUUAACGUGCGUAAAUUUCGGACGCAAAUUUCGGACUCAAUGUGCAAUGGCCUUAAGUAUUGCACUAACAUAAAAAACACAAGUUACUUCCACUCACGAAUUCACGCUAAUGUAACUAGCCACUCUUAUCACACCAGUUCUAUAUAUUCCUCAAAAGAAGGAAUCGCAACCACUGACAUCCAACUAAUACACACGAAAGCAGUCAACACUGUUUUUCAUCAACACAAUCACGUCUUCACAGUUACACCCCUUUUUGAUCAGUGGUUUUUUUACGCAAAUUAGAAGUUAAGCAGCUGUUGGUUAGUUUCUGACAUCAGUCGUUCAAUUUUUUUUUUUCAAAAGUCACGCUAGUAUAAAGUUUGCUAAGA